CAAAACCAACCAAUUAUACCUAGCUAGCUAUAUAUUAAAGUACCAAUUAAUUAUUAAUUCGAUGAAUAUCAUGAAAGGUACUUAUCAUAUUAUUGUUAUGGUGGUUUCAUUUCUUGUAGUUGUUAGUGGAAGAGAUUAUGAUGAUGAUCACCAUCAAGAGAAAGGCGGAAAUAAUAAAGGUGAUUACAGACAUAUGUAUAAGAAUCAUGGAGGAGUAGGGCUUCGAAUGAAUUUUUAUGGAAAAAGUUGUAAAACACUUGAGAAAACAGUACGUGAUAUUACGUGGGCCAAGGUUAGUGCUGAUCCAACCAUGGCUGCUAAGCUACUAAGGCUACACUACCACGAUUGUUUCGUCCGGGGAUGUGAUGCAUCAAUCUUGAUUGAUCCAUUAAACAGUGAUGACAAUACGACAGAGAAGAAUGCUAUUCAGAAUCGAUCGGUGAAAGGAUAUGAAGUAAUUGAUGAAAUUAAAGAAAAGCUUACAACUGAAUGCCCUGAUGCUCAAAUUUCAUGCGCUGAUAUUGUUGCCUUAACAGCCCGAGAUGCUGUUUCUUACCCUAACAAAAAGCCUCUAUGGCCGGUGUUCACAGGGAGGAGAGACGGAAGAGUGUCACUGGCCACAGAAGCAUCAAGGGACUUGCCUUCCGCAUCAUCAAACUUCAACACUCUUUCUACCCACUUUGCCAGAUUUAAUCUUGAUGAAACUGAUCUCGUUGCCUUAUCUGGUGCACAUACUCUUGGAGUAACACAUUGUCCAUUAAUGUUCCGGAGGCUGUACAACUUCACCGGAAAAGGAGACACAGACCCUGCUUUGAACCAGGACUACGCGACAGAGCUGAUGGCUAAAUGCCCGCCACCGGCAAACCCUAGGACAACUGUGGAGAUGGACCCUAAGAGCUCUCUGAGCUUUGAUAGCCAUUACUACGUUGGUCUUACUGAAUAUAAAGGAGCCUUCUCAUCUGACGCCGCACUUCUCACUAACCGACGCGCCGCCCGCCUUGUGAGAAGCUUUCGUGACUUUAACACUUUCAAGAUCGCAUUUGGUCGUUCCAUGGUUCAUAUGGGCGCCACUGGAGUUCUUACUGGUGAUGAGGGAGAGAUCAGAACCAAUUGCCGAGUCAUUAAUUAAUAAUUAGCAAAUAAACUAAGUUUAAUUUACUCUCCUUAUUAAUAUCUUUUUAUCAUAUCUUAUUAUUGUAUGCUCAAUAAAACCUAGUUGUGCUUCAACCAAUUAAUUGUAUUUAUUAUAUCGCUGGUCAUCAGUAUUACAAACUAUUAAUUAUAAUAAAAUCAUACACU